AUGAUCGGAGCAAUAAAUAGUAUAUUAUGCAAGUUCCCGUUAAGCAGUACUAGCGGAAUAAUAAGAAGUUGUCAUGUACAAGUAACGCCCAUAGCUUGUCGUGUCUAUAUAAAGGAUGUAAGAAAUUUAAAACCGCAGCUUCAAAUUUCUGAAUCGAAAGAUCAUGAUGGACCUCUACCUUCCGGCGGUUCUCCAACCUACUUGGCUCGAACAAAUACAACUGGGUCACCUUGCCGGAGGUUUUGCAACUUCGAUAGGCAGAUAAAUGUCCAGAGGAGCGAAACAGUGGGCAAAACGCAGCCUGAAAAUCCGGUUUGGGGAAAAUAAUGACGCGACAGCGUUCGACGAUGAAGACAGGAGAGAGAGGGCUGGGUCUUUGUGCAGCGAUGGGUGCAAACCACUUCUUCUCAAAUUUCUUGGAACACAUUAACCGUCCUCGACGUGGAUAAUUUUAGACUCGUGAAAGGACGAUACCGAAAUAUCGUCAUGGCCAGGAAGAAAACUAUGCCUUCCGCUGAUGUGACGUCGUUAGAAGAAAUAAUCGGCAAAUUAUUCAAUCUCAGUCUUCAUAUCAAAUUUCUUGAAAACUCUUAAAAAUUUUCAUUAAAUUAUACCUUUAAAAAAUAUUACACCUUUAAAAAAUACAAAAAAAUAUGAGUAAGCAUAUUUGUAAGCGGU